UCUCUCCUUUUAUACAUAUAUAGAUACUUCCAAGUUCCAACACUAAAUUCGCAAACCAUUGAUCAGCUCUCUUAUCACUCUCUGUUUUCUAAGGAGAAACAGCCUGAGAGAGAGUGGAAAUGGGGUGGGCCAUAGCUGUACAAGGCGGCGCCGGGGAUAUCCCUGUCACACUAGCCGCAGAGCGACGCGAGCCAUGUGAAGCAGCGAUGCGACACUGCCUAAAGAUCGGCGUGGAUGCUCUCAAAGCCCAAAAGUCUCCUCUCGACGUUGUCGAACUUGUGGUUCGUGAACUAGAGAACAAUCCUCACUUUAAUGCGGGUAGGGGAUCUGUCUUAACUAGAGAAGGCACAGUUGAAAUGGAAGCUUCUAUUAUGGAUGGCAACACUAAAAGAUGUGGAGCUGUUUCUGGGCUUACUACUGUAGUUAAUCCCAUAUCCUUGGCACGACUUGUCAUGGAGAAAACUCCUCAUAUAUAUCUUGCCUUUGAUGGAGCAGAAAGAUUUGCAAGGGAGCAAGGUGUUGAAACUGUAGAUUCAAGCCAUUUUAUAACUCAAGCAAACAUUGAGAGGCUAAAGCAGGUACAAGAAGCCAAUAGAGUUCAGAUUGAUUAUACAAAACCAAUUCAAAAAGAUGAGAAGAAAGAAACACCAACAGCUGAUGGUGAUAGCCAAAUUGGGACAGUUGGAUGUGUGGCUGUUGAUAGUCAUGGGAAUUUAGCUUCUGCAACUUCUACUGGUGGAUUUGUGAACAAGAUGGUUGGUCGGAUUGGGGACACGCCUAUCAUUGGGGCAGGGACAUAUGCCAACAAUCUCUGUGCGGUUUCGGCUACAGGAAAAGGUGAAGCAGUAAUGCGUGCCACUGUUGCAAGAGAUGUGGCUGCUCUUAUGGAAUUCAAAGGUCUUUCUCUAAAGGAGGCUGCAGCUUAUGUUAUAGAGGAGUCUGUUCCAAGAGGCACUGCUGGCUUGGUAGCUGUCUCAGCCAAAGGAGAAGUUACAAUGGCUUUGAAUACAACAGGCAUGUAUCGAGCUUGUGCUACUGAAGAUGGAUAUUCAGAGAUUGGAAUAUGGCCUUCUGUGCAAAACUGAGUGCUUUUGGUGAGUUUCAGUUACUUGAGUCCGGCAGGAAAUUGCUUCAGAUGACUCACACUUAGUAUUUGGCAAAUGACUAGUAUAUCUUAUUGUAUUUUCCAAAAUAAAAAGGAUAAUUAUUGUUAUGUGGUCGGACCAACAAGUAGGAUGAACUUUUCUAUAGAAUUAACAUCAUCGAACCAAAUUUACCAACUUUACUAUGCUUGUACCACUAGUGUAUAUGUGGAUCUCGAAUUGUACAAUCAAGAUGUUCUCUUUGUCUGAGUAACUAUUGUGAAGUAAUCUAAGAAAUUUUCUUCGUACUA